AGUCUGUGGUUGAGGAAGGGUUUUGCUUUUUAUGCUCUGUAUUGGGAAGGCAGAUAAAAUGCCAGGUCUGGACUGCCUCCGGGGAUAACCUCACCCUGUGUGAUGUGAAUGAAUAGCAUCUUGCCCGGUAAAUCCACAGGAAUUGAUAAGGCAGGCGCAGUUCUCCUAAACAGGCCUUUUCUCUUUAAGCUCUAGCUGUGGUUUCUGCAGCAAUUUUAUUUUUGCCUUGAAAGAGGUGCACUGGAUUAUCAGACCUCCAUGUAUGACAAUUUGUACCUGCAUGGAGUUGAAGACUCGGAGGCUGGUUCAGCGGAUUCCUACACGAGCAGGCCGUCUGACUCCGAUGUCUCUUUGGAAGAGGACCGGGAAGCGAUUCGACAGGAGAGAGAACAGCAAGCAGCUAUCCAGCUUGAGAGAGCAAAGUCCAAACCUGUGGCAUUUGCUGUGAAGACAAACGUGAGCUACUGCGGGGCCCUGGACGAGGAUGUGCCUGUUCCAAGCACGGCCAUCUCCUUUGAUGCUAAGGACUUUCUACACAUUAAAGAGAAGUAUAACAAUGAUUGGUGGAUAGGAAGGCUGGUGAAAGAGGGCUGUGAGAUCGGCUUCAUUCCGAGUCCGCUCAGACUGGAGAACAUACGGAUUCAGCAAGAACAAAAAAGAGGACGUUUUCACGGAGGGAAAUCAAGUGGAAAUUCUUCUUCAAGUCUUGGAGAAAUGGUAUCGGGGACAUUUCGAGCAACUCCCACAUCAACAGCAAAACAGAAGCAAAAAGUGACGGAGCACAUUCCUCCUUAUGAUGUUGUGCCAUCCAUGCGCCCGGUGGUGUUAGUGGGGCCGUCACUGAAAGGUUAUGAGGUAACAGACAUGAUGCAGAAAGCCCUCUUUGAUUUCCUGAAGCACAGGUUUGAUGGGAGGAUAUCAAUAACAAGAGUGACAGCUGACAUUUCUCUUGCUAAGAGGUCUGUCCUAAAUAAUCCCAGCAAGAGAGCAAUAAUUGAACGUUCGAACACCCGGUCCAGCUUAGCGGAAGUACAAAGUGAAAUUGAAAGAAUCUUUGAGUUGGCAAGAUCUUUGCAACUGGUUGUUCUUGAUGCAGACACCAUCAAUCACCCAGCACAACUUAUAAAGACUUCCUUAGCACCAAUUAUUGUUCAUGUGAAAGUCUCAUCUCCAAAGGUUUUACAGCGGUUGAUUAAAUCCAGAGGAAAGUCCCAAAGUAAACACUUGAACGUUCAACUGGUGGCAGCUGAUAAACUUGCACAAUGCCCCCCAGAAAUGUUUGAUGUUAUAUUGGAUGAAAAUCAGCUUGAGGAUGCGUGUGAGCAUCUGGGAGAGUACCUGGAGGCGUACUGGCGUGCCACCCACACAACAAGUAGCACCCCCAUGACCCCGCUGCUGGGAAGGAAUUUGGGUUCAACAGCACUCUCUCCAUACCCCACGGCAAUUUCUGGGUUACAGAGUCAGCGAAUGAGGCACAGCAACCACUCCACAGAGAACUCUCCAAUUGAAAGACGAAGUCUCAUGACCUCUGAUGAAAAUUAUCACAAUGAAAGGGCUCGGAAGAGUAGGAACCGCUUGUCUUCCAGUUCCCAGCAUAGCCGAGAUCAUUACCCUCUUGUGGAAGAAGAUUACCCUGACUCAUACCAGGACACUUACAAACCCCACAGGAACCGAGGAUCACCUGGGGGAUAUAGCCAUGACUCCCGGCAUAGGCUCUGAGUCUGCUGAAACACAAAAUAUUCAUCUGUUGACAAUUUGCCAUAGCACUGCUAGGAUAAACUAACCAUCUUAACUUGGCAAGCACAGCACAGUAUUCACUGUGCUUAUGGGCUGUUGUCAUUUGAUGCUAAGUAAGGGGCAAAAAAAAAAAAAAAAUGUACAUUAUGCCCUUGAAUCUAGAUGGAUAUUAGAUGCCCAAUCAUAUAGAUAUUUUUAACUGCAACAUUUCCAUGGUAACAGUACCUUUUGUUUUCUUCAUAGAUUUAGACACAUCGAUUUGUAAUUUAGGGUACUUAUCAAGGCACAUAUAAAAUAAUUUCCCAUGCUGGAAAUUCCAAAUGACCAGUUCCAGUUGGAACCAAUUUAUAAACCAAUUCCUGUUGGAAUUUGGGUGAAUUGACUAGAAAGUCUACUUGAGCAUGUUGCAAUCAAUUGAAAAAUCUGGGAAAAAAAAAAACCUAAUUAAUAAGAAAAUCAAAAUACCAAUAGAAGCCAAAACCAGCUAUGGUAUUUAUUUGCUGGAAGCUAAAUUUACACUAAAAGUUGGAAUGUAUAAACAUUUUAAUAUAUGUUAAUGUUUCCAGAGUGACUUUUCAAACUUACCAAAUGUAUUGAUAGUGCCAAAAAAACUCAGAAGUCUUAUUGCAGAAAUUAUAUAGUCUCCUCAGAUUUUAAUAUUUUUAUUUCUUUCCUGGCAUAGCUGUUGUAUUCAAAGUGUUUUGCUUUUUGUUUAGUCAGUACUGUUAGCUUGUUCGAAGUUGGCAAAAAAAAAAAAAAAAAACCUCUCAAAAUUUUUUCAGCAGUGAGAGACAGUAGUAAAGAGAAGCCCAGACAUAGCUGGAUAUAUGAAAUAGAAAAUGGGGUGUUGUUUCCUCUUUAACCAAUCUGAGCACAAUUACAUACAUCCAUGAAUGCGAAGUCAGAUAGUAAGGAUGUGGUAUUUGAGCCUCCCGAGUGCAAAGCUAAACAUCUCCAGAUGGGAAUUCAUCUAUCCCACUGAACACAAACAUGGGGUUAGGAUUUCCUGCCAGCACGAUUGAGUAUCUUUCCAUUGCUUCCCUCAGUCUCUGUCUUUGAAUAUCUGAAUGUUCUAGCCCUUCAUCGAAUUCUUUAAAUCAUGCUAGGGAUUUUUGUUUUACAUGGACACAUUCAACUUUGACAUUGAAUUGGAAGCGGUGUUUUUGCAAAAUGACUAAUUGAAAAAAGUUAAAACAAAUGAAUUUAAAAGCUUGCAGUAAAAAAUAAACUCAUCAAUUCAGAAAAUAUUUGUUCACUAAAAUUAUAGCAUUUUUAAUGCAGAGAAUUAUAAAGAAUUUGGAGAUUAAACUUCCUAAUUUCUAAUGCACAGUCUUCUUCAUCUAUUAAGUCUUCACAAUUUUUCCAAUGGCUAUAAUUAUGUAAUUGGUGACCUGUGUCUUAUAUUAUCAAGGAAGCAUUAGAUUCACUAUGAUCCAAGAAAUUAUUGAAAUUGACCCUUUUAUACAAUACACAAAUGUCUUUCCAAAACUACUUUUGUUUCUAAGAGUCCACAAUGCAUGGAUUUUCUAAAACCCCAAUAGGAUCAACCAUAAAAGUCCUUUUCUACUCCUACAUGUCAUGAAGCCUAUUUUUGAAAACGAUAAUAAUUAAUUUUAUACUAUCUUACUUUUUUCCCCAAGCCCUUCAAUAUUUAGGCUGUCAAAGCAUGCACCAGUUCAACAAUUUUCUUGACCAUGAAAAUAAGUUCCAUAUUCUUGAUCAGUUAAACAUAUCUUGAACCCCAUUACAACCUCACCGCAUGCCUGUCCUUCAUGUUCACUGUGUGUACCCCAUUAUGAACCUGUUUAGCUGAUAAUGAGGACACCUAUAAUUCUGCAAGUUAUUUCAAACAUUUGAUACAAUUAAAAAAUAUGGGCUAAGUAAAAUUUAAAAGUUAACAUGUGAUACUGGCUUGUGAGUUUCUUUUGUCAUCUAGUGAAGCUUAUAGAACUUUCAGUUAAGACAUUUAGAAGAGUUGUAUCCAUUAGGCACUUUAAUAAACAUAUAACCUGCCAUUACUGAAUACUUUGUUAGGACACAAGAGCAUUUUCCAGCAAACAAAAAUAUAUUUAUUAUAUGUACAGCACAUAUUUGCAUGAGAAAGAAAACAUUAGCCAAAACAUUUUUCUAUAUGCUUUACUGGUUUCUUGUUUGUGCGCAUUAAAGUAUUUAAUUGCAAAAAAUGCACCAAGGUGUAUAAAUUUAGACUAGACUGCUGUUCAGCUUUUUCCGUAGUAGCAUUAGCAAUUUGGUCAUUUAACUACUUUAAGGUAUUUACAUUUUAGGCAGGUAGCUGUAACAGCAUUUACAUAUAUUUCCUAGUCAUCAAGAUUACCAUCUUUCCUUCAACUUUUUAAAAGUCACUUGUUUUUAAACGCCUCUCUAAGCCUUGUUUCUACUCGUCCAUGUCAUGCUGAUAAAGAGAGAGGCUCAUUCAAUAUCUGUGCACAAAACCGAUCAUUUACCAUCAAAUGUCCAUACGUGUUUUGCUUUCCAUUCUUAUUAAAAAGCUAAUAAUCUUAGAAAGGGUAUAAUGUAUAUUUUCUUGAUGGACAUAUUAAUAUUUAAAAUUUUAUUUUAAUUUGGCAUAUUCUUUCCCCUUCUUUCUGUAAUAAGUUUAUCUUCUUCAAAUGAAUAAGAGAUAUGCAUCUUACUUUUUUUUAAAGCCUUAGAGUUUAUUGUGUAAAUGAUACUUAGAAUCCAGAUAUAUAUUAAAUAAAAAGUUUUAUUUUUGCCAAGCACACCAAGCACCUUUGGAAAAUACAUAUUCCACAAAUACUUUGUUUUUAAUUAAUUUCAUUUAAAGAUAGCAAAUGAUUAUAAGCAGGAGAAAAAAGUCUUAUACUAUUUUGAGGCUGUUUUUUAACCUAUAGUAUGAACCACAUAUUAGAAUUCUAUAAUUUCAGUCACAGACAUGUAACAACAUACAUAGACUUAUGUGACAAUGUAGACUCAUGUGACAAUGUGGAAAUGUAGUCCUGGACAAAAAAGAAUGCAAUUUGUCAGUCCUGAUGUUAAUUCUCAAGGCUAUAAUGGGACUCCAAUAUUAUAAUCAACAGUGUUAUAUUGUUUACUCUAAUAUUUCAAACAACACUUAGAAAUGUUUAUAAAUUACUGAUGAUUCUCUCUUAUCUUUAUACAGUUCUAUUGGAAAGAAAGUUGAAAUUGUUAGCAAUUUAGACUGAUGAUCUUUCCUAAUAAGAGAGUCUUGAUUUUGUGACUAUGUAAGUCAUUGCAUUUAGUCCUUAAUGAAAUGAAUUUUUUAAAUGUAAAACAAAUUCUGAGACAAUUAUUUGUUCCCUUUAAAUAAUUUGUUAUUUGCUUGAAUUAUUGUUGUUGUCUGCAAAAUGUAUUUUUGGAAUGUUAACCUCUUUUCAUACCUGCAUACUUGAACUUGUCUUUUGUGUGGGGGCCUUAAAAUUCAUAAUAGAAAAUGGGGGCAGUGAAAGGGAGGAAAGGAAAUUAUGUUGGAAGAUGCUUUGCAAAUUUGAACUCUUUAAAUGAACAUAUCACAAAAUGUUGUUGAGACCCAGGAUGUCAGUUAAGAACGUUUCUUGGCAACCUUGAUUUGCAUGCUAGUAUAUUUUCUUAGUUAUACAAUUUUAUUUUGGUAUUUGCUAAAAAAUAAAACAAUGUACUACCAUUAUAGAAAUUACCCCUAUAUAUUGAUACUUAUACUACCUCUUCUCUAGAGAAGACAGUCUGUCUUUAAAGGGAAAAAACACUUGUCAAUAAGUAGUGAUCAAAUUAUUACUAUUACGGCUCACCUUGCUGCAAAGCUAAAUGCAUAAAGUAUUAAAGUAUGCCUUCCCUUUAGAUUUUAAACUGAUUCCAAAACGCUCUUGGCACCCUUUCAUUUCUUCUAUGGUAGUGAAAUUGUCUUUGAAUUGUUCACAGUUUAUCAUGAGGCAAGGUUAAUUCAACAAAUAAGUCAUCAUUGGGAACAAAACAAACUGCAAGGGAACUGCCUUCGUGGGCAACUUGUUAGAAUAUCUGGCUCUAAGUCUAAAAGAGAGUAGGUCCAGAGACCUGAUAUUUAAGUGCAGCUGGUUUGCAAAUUCAAAUUAUUUUUGAUCCUUUACUUCUACGGUCACCCAAAGCCUGGCUUAGCCAUUUACGGGGUAAGGAUAUGUGUUAUCUUGGACUCCCAUGUAAUUGGAACAAACUUCAUAUCAAUGUUUCAAAUAGAUGCUUAUGUACCCCUUAUUCCUUUUAUAUUCCUGCCUUUGUCUUUUAGGACAAUGUUGCAUGUUGGUUUUUUAAAAAUUAUAUAAAACUCAUCCUUGAAUGACUAUAUGAAUGAAAACUUUAUAGGAAAUUAUAUAAUAAAAUCUGUUUUAUUAGUUUCUCAUACCUUUAAAUACUGUCGAUACUAUAACUAAGUUACUUAUUGAAGCUGUGUCUGUGGGGCAGAGAACAGUCCUCUUUUUUUAAAUGAUAAUCAUGAUCAAACCAGUCAAGUCAGUACAGUAGCUGUUAGACAAUAGGAUAACUUUUCUUGUUGACUUUAGCAGUCAAGUUAGUUAAAAUAGUAAAAGUGGUUUCUAUGGGCACACAGAGCUAAAGCAUUCAAAAAUUACUUUUUAAAGGUUUCUUCUUUUACUAAAACAGUCUUUCUCAAAUGAAAUACAUCCUCUGAUAGCAAUUAUCUCUGUCUACUUACAGAUGGCUUAAUCUCAAAUACCUCCUGUAGUUGAGGCAUAUUAUGAGAAGACUAGAAAGAAUCUCAUCAGAUAAUCCUAAGGGCUGUAACUCCUACUUGCCAUGAAAAACACAUAAAUAAGAGUGAAUUAGCAAUUGGUUUGGGGGAGUCAUAGUUACAUAUGAAACUUUCUUUUGUUUCUUUUGAUGUGUGUAAAAUGUUUGCAGAAGGGUGGCAGAAAAUGUUUCUAAUGGAUUUAGAGUGGUUUGGGGAAUACACUGAUACUUCCUCAUUUGAAAAUUAUAAAGAGUUAAAAUGAGGACUAUCUAAGAACCAGAAGUGGCUGGCCUCUAGCUUUUCAAUACUUUCUAAGUGUUCUUGGUUAUGUUUUGAACACUUAAAUUCUCAAAAAAUGGCUACGUCUAUGUUUGUGUAGGGGCCACUCUUGCCCUACUUGCAUGCCACUUUCACUCACUGUUAAAUGAAAUCAGUGUGGAUUCUGUAUGCAUAAGGGAUGUAUUAAAGAUGCGGGAUCAUUAACGCUAUAUUGUUGCAUACUAUUAUUCAUAUGCCUUACAAUAUUUUCUGGGACGUUAUUAAAAUGAAAGCAUUUUAUUGCCAAAAUAAAUCUAUGUUGUUACUUCUAAUCUGCAUUAGCAGUAGAAAAAUAAAUAAUGUAGCAAAAACAUAUAUUGUACAGUACAAAAUUAUAAAAUAUAUAUAUUUUGCCAAUAAUAUGAAAAUAGAUUGAGGAGAAAGAAGCACAUUUGUUAUAGCACAAACUUACAAAGAAAUCCACUGUUAAAUUUGGCAGUCAUAUUUUUUAAAAGUAUAUAGAUUUAGCUCUAAGUUUUAUCAGAUUUAUCUCAUCUACUAUCUUUUUAACUUGCUGCUUGAUGCUUUUCCAGCAAUUUAUUUCAUAGCCUUGCAAUCUGUGGAUGUAAUUUAUUUUAUUCCCUUCCAUAAAACUUAUUAAAUUUUAUUUUGUGAUAAGACUCAUACUAUAUUUUCUGUUCUUAUUUCUUCUCCUUCAAUAGCAACUACAAAAAAGUCACAGCAAGUGAGCUCACAGGGCUCCUCUGAAUUUUGGACAUGUUUGAAAUUUUUUAUAUUUUUCACAGCCUCAAGUCAGAAUGAUCAAUAACAAUGUCCCAGCAAAAGAAUAUUAGUUAGGGGUCCUUUAAUUUGUUUUGUACUGAAUACUAUUUUGAAACAUAAGUUAAUUCCAUUAGCUUUGUUUUUGAAGGGAUGGUGGGAGGGAAUAAAAAAUAGGUAAACUUAUUAACAUAAAACAUACUAAAAAUAAAUACGGCAAAAUGAUGUAAAAAGAUUUUCCCUACUAUUCUGAGGGCUGUUGAUAUCCCAGGCUAUUGCUGUAUCUCCAGCGACAAAGUGGAAUAAACAUUGCCUUUGGCAAAUAAUUUUUUCUUUUCUUUAAAUUUUAGUUAUUUGUUUUAAUAAUUUAUCCCCUUUUAUUUUUCUUAUGUAGGUAUGUGUAGCAUUCUACAAGGCAUGCUGGGUAAAAUAUACUAUGCAAAUGUGUACAGUGUUGCAUGUUUUGUUCUCCCUCUGCUUUAGUGGAUUUAAAGAAAAAACGUGGUGUUAUUUUUGUGAGCAAAAACAUUUAACAAAGAAAAUGCAGAGUGCAUGCAUAUAGUAUCCUAAUUUCUAUGGAUUUGUUUUAUGGAAUUUAAAUGUGAACAAAACAACUGCAUUAAUUUUUUUUUCUUUUGUAUAAUAAAUGAAAAAAACACAGAAA